AUGCAAAUUACCCCGUCACUCGAUUUACUGUCCAUAAUUCUAGAAAACGAGGAAUCCUUGAAUAAACGAGCUGGUGGUGGCAAGUUCCGGAUGCGGGAUAUUCUCCUGAACAGCUAUCUCAACAGAGUUUGAUGUCCGCGACUCACGUCACCAACUGUUGAAGGAGUUCCACCGGCUAGGGAUUGCAGAUAUAUUCUUUUUUGGCAGUGUGUUGCGAAUAAAUCAAUACUGAUACAUUAA